AUGAAUGCUUCAAACGAACAUUAUAACAAGCUUCGAGAAAAUUUCGUUCUGCCUUUAAGUCUGAUGUGUCAACACCUUCAAGUUUUAACAAAUUCAAGACGAAUUCUUCAUAAAUCAUCCACAACUUCUAAGAUGAACAAAGACUUUUCAAUUAAAUACGUAACAUCUUCAGAAUUUCAUUAUAAUCACAAUAAAAGAACAGAACAGUUUGUGGGAUUCGCACGAAAUGAAGGCGGUAAUAAAUGUCUCGAGGGUUGUGAAAGAAAAUGUGACAUCUCGAAAGUAUUAUGUAACAUUUCUUUUGGCAGAACUCUGAAUAAAUUAUUUUUGGAUCCUCAUUUCAUCACGAAAUGGAUAGAACUGAUAGAUUCAAAAGAGCUCUUGAGUAAUAUAAUCUUUUUAAAUGGAUGCAUUUAUGGCUCAUCAUUCAAUCUGAAAUUACAAGAAAGCAGCAGAAGAAAUUCUUAA